AUGGACUACUCAGAUCGAGUGAACUCGAAAAAAGGUGCUGGGGGAGUGGCCGACGCCGAGAAUGCUAACGUCCACCGUAAGCAUCGCGUGCGCGACCUCUUGACAACGUCGCUCCUUAACCUCGACUCCGAUCCCUAUGUUUUUCGCAACCAUUUAGGACUACUCGAGUGCAAGCUUUGUUUGACCACCCAUAAUAAUGAAGCAUCUUAUCUAUCACAUGUGGGCGGUAAAAAACAUCAGUUGAACUUGGAGAAGCGGCGGCUAUUGGACGAGAAGGGUUCCCGGUUCCUGACGCCCGUUGGCGGUGGAGUUUCUAUCAGCACCACCCCCAAGCGCAAAUGGGACAAAAUCGGUACUCCCCAUUUUAAAGUCACCAAGAUCAGAGACCCCGACACCCAUCGAAUGGGGAUGCUUGUACACGUGACGUAUCUGCGGGCAACGGCCGAACCCUUGUUCCGGUUCCAGAACUACUACGAACUAUCUGCCAAAAACCAAAAUGUCGCUGUAUCGUACCACGACAAACAGGCAAAGGACACCCAGGUGGCCCACACACCGGCCGACGUUCGCACGGCGACAGCACAACUGCAGUACUUGGUGGUGUCGUGUGAACCGUACGAGAACAUCUGUGUGGUGAUACCAGGCACCAGUCCUAUUAUCAACCCGCUGACCGACACCAAAACUGAUGAGUUCUGGUGGCACUGGGACCGGGAUGUGGGCGAGUUCUACCUCCAGUUUCUCUACACCUGA